CCACAAAAGCUGGAGAUAAUGGAGAAUGAUGCUGAGAAAUGGAAAAGCGAGGGAGUGGAGCCCGAACCCCUGGAUUUGAGUGCCUCAUCUAACACUCGGCUACUCACUUAGCCUCUCUAUUGUUCAGUAAAAUAGGGGGUGAUCAUAGUGCCUGACAGUCAUGAGAAAAGUGUGUGUGUGUAUGUACAUAGGUGUGGGAUAGGAAUAGAUCAUGCAGAUAGGAUAGGUCUGUGUGUUAAUGUGAGUAAGCAUGAGCUAUUAUUAAAGCUUCUGAUAUUGGGAGAUAAAGUAUUAGAUGGGGAAAUGGAGAGAGGUGGUGAUGGAGAGUGAAUACUGGAAGGACAAAAGGGAGGAAAAAAAGAUUCAAACAGAAAAUGAGAAAGGGCGUGGUGACUCAUUCCUGUCAUCCACAGCACUUUGGGAGGCUGCGGUGGGAGGAUCACUUGAGCUUGGGAGGUCAAGGCUGCUGUAUGCCGUGAUUGUGCCACUGCACUUCAGGCUGGGUGACAGAGUGAGACCCUGUUUCAAAAAAACAAAAAUGAAUUUUUUUUUUUUUUUUUUGAGAUGGAGUUUCGCUCUUGUUGCCCAGGCUGGAGUGCAGUGGUGCGAUCUCGGCUCACUGCAACCUCUGCCUCCUGGGUUCAAGCGAGUCUCCUGCCUCAGCCCCCAGAGUAGCUGGGAUUACAGGCAGGUGCCACCACCCUGGCUAAUUUUGUGUUUUUAGUAGAGACGGGAUUUUUCCAUGUUGGUCAGGCUGGUCUCGCACUCCCGACCUCAGGUGAUCUGCCUGCCUCAGCCUCCCAAAGUGCUGGGAUUAUAGGCGUGAGCCACCGUGCCCGGCCUGAAAAAGCAUUUUUUUUUUUUUUUAAUGAGAAAGAUGGAGAAAGUCAAAUGGAGAACUGAAGAGAGAUGGAGAAAGGAAGAGUUGGAUUACAGAGAAAAAUCAGACUACAGAAUGACUCAUAAGUGAAGAGAGAUGCGAGCUGACUAGGACAGGGAAGAGAGAUGAGGGUGAUGAACAAGACGGACUGAAAAAGAGACAGAGGCCUGAAGAUGGAGUGGAAAGAGAUGGAGGGGACAGAGGGGGAAACAAACCCACUGAAGGCCAUGAGCCCAGGGCAAAUAGGCCAAGAGACCAAAAGAUGGUCAGAGACACAGUUAUACAGAAACUUGAAGAUGCAGACAACCUAGAAGCCGAAAAAGAUAGAUACCUUGAGAGGAGCGGGAUGCUGUCAGUGGGGCCCAGCAUGCAUAAGCAGUUUCUAGCCUCAGGAAUGCUCUCAUUUUCUUUUCUUUCUUUUUUUUUUUUUUGAGACAGAGUCUCGCUCUGUUGCCCAGGCUGGAGUGCAGUGGCUCAGUCUUGGCUUCCUGCAAGCUCUGCCUCCAGGGUUCAAGUGAUUCUCCUGCCUCAGCCUCCCGAGUAGCUGGGACUACCCGAGUAGCCAGGUGCCCGCCACCACACCUGGCUAAUUUUUUUUCUCCAGCCUGGGUGACAGAGCAAGACUCCAUCUCAAAACAAAAAAGACUCCAACUAAUCCAGGGCCUGAAAACCCAGAAUGAACUUGUGUCCAUCCCAGAGAUCACUGCAGAUGUCAUGAGGUACCCUUUGUGUCACCAGCUCAAGCAGGCCUCUGGCCACUUUAUCAUCUGUGAUGGUCCUGUGCCGUGACCAGGAGGAAAAAUUAGCUCUUUGAAGAGAAAGUGGUUCUCUAUUGCAGGCACUGGCCUCUUAAAUUGUUGCAGGUGGGGAAUGGAUGAGAAUAUUUGUUUUGGGUGAUCAGAACUGAGACUCCUAUUGUGGAUUAGUAACAUGCCUCCUCCUAGAACAAGGGAGGGCAGGGAUCGCCGAGACCACCACCGGGCUCCCAGCGAGGAAGAGGCCUUGGAGAAAUGGGACUGGAAUUGUCCAGAGACGCGUCGCCUCUUGGAAGAUGCCUUCUUCCGUAAAGAGGAUUACAUCCGUCAGGGUUCUGAGGAAUGUCAGAAGUUUUGGACCUUCUUUGAACGCCUGCAGAGAUUCCAGAAUCUCAAGACCUCCAGGAAGGAGGAGAAAGACCCUGGACAGCCCAAGCACAGCAUCCCAGCGCUGGCCGACCUACCUCGCACUUACGACCCACGUUACCGCAUCAACCUCUCUGUUCUUGGCCCUGCCACGCGGGGCUCUCAGGGACUGGGCAGGCACUUGCCCGCGGAGAGAGUGGCUGAGUUCCGCCGAGCCCUGUUGCACUACCUGGACUUUGGCCAGAAGCAGGCAUUUGGGCGUCUGGCCAAGCUGCAGCGUGAGCGGGCAGCCCUCCCCAUCGCCCAGUAUGGGAACCGCAUCCUGCAGACGCUGAAGGAGCACCAGGUGGUGGUAGUGGCCGGUGACACCGGCUGUGGCAAGUCCACUCAGGUGCCCCAGUACCUGCUGGCUGCUGGCUUCAGUCAUGUGGCGUGCACCCAGCCCCGGCGGAUCGCCUGCAUCUCACUGGCCAAGCGUGUGGGCUUUGAGAGCCUCAGUCAGUAUGGCUCACAGGUCGGCUACCAGAUCCGCUUUGAGAGCACACGUUCGGCGGCCACCAAGAUUGUAUUCCUGACAGUGGGGCUGCUCCUGCGACAAAUCCAGCGGGAACCCAGCCUGCCCCAGUAUGAGGUCCUGAUUGUGGAUGAAGUUCAUGAGCGGCAUCUCCACAACGAUUUCCUCCUGGGCGUCCUCCAGCGCCUGUUGCCCACGCGGCCUGACCUCAAGGUCAUCCUCAUGUCGGCCACCAUCAACAUCUCGCUCUUCUCCAGCUAUUUCAGCAAUGCCCCUGUGGUACAGGUGCCUGGGAGGCUGUUCCCCAUCACAGUUGUGUACCAGCCACAGGAGGCAGAGCCGACCACGUCCAAGUCAGAGAAGCUGGACCCGCGGCCUUUCCUGAGGGUGCUGGAGUCCAUUGACCACAAGUACCCACCUGAGGAGCGGGGUGACCUCCUCGUCUUCCUCAGCGGCAUGGCGGAGAUCAGCGCCGUGCUGGAGGCUGCCCAGACCUAUGCCAGCCACACCCAGCGCUGGGUGGUGCUGCCACUGCACAGCGCCCUGUCUGUGGCCGACCAGGACAAGGUAUUUGAUGUGGCACCCCCUGGAGUCCGGAAAUGCAUCCUCUCCACCAACAUUGCUGAGACCUCAGUCACCAUUGACGGGAUCCGCUUCGUAGUAGAUUCCGGAAAGGUGAAGGAGAUGAGCUACGAUCCGCAGGCCAAGCUGCAGCGGCUGCAGGAGUUCUGGAUCAGUCAGGCCAGCGCAGAGCAGCGGAAGGGCCGGGCGGGCCGCACGGGCCCCGGAGUCUGCUUCCGCCUCUAUGCUGAAUCGGACUAUGAUGCCUUCGCCCCCUACCCCGUCCCGGAAAUUCGGAGGGUGGCCCUGGACUCGUUGGUGCUACAGAUGAAGAGCAUGAGUGUGGGGGACCCCCGAACCUUCCCCUUCAUCGAGCCCCCACCACCAGCCAGCCUGGAAACCGCCAUCCUCUACCUCCGGGACCAGGGGGCCCUGGACAGCUCAGAGGCCCUCACACCCAUUGGGUCCCUGCUGGCCCAGCUGCCUGUGGACGUUGUGAUUGGGAAGAUGCUGAUCCUGGGCUCCAUGUUCAGCCUGGUGGAGCCUGUGCUCACCAUCGCAGCCGCGCUUAGCGUCCAGUCGCCCUUCACCCGCAGUGCCCAGAGCAGCCCAGAGUGCGCGGCAGCACGGCGGCCACUGGAGAGCGACCAGGGUGACCCCUUCACGCUCUUCAACGUCUUCAACGCCUGGGUGCAGGUGAAAUCUGAACGGAGCAGAAACUCUCGCAAGUGGUGCCGCCGCCGGGGCAUAGAGGAGCAUCGACUGUACGAGAUGGCCAACCUUCGGCGCCAGUUCAAGGAGCUGUUGGAGGACCACGGGCUGCUGGCUGGGGCCCAGGCCGCGCAGGUAGGGGACAGCUACAGUCGGCUGCAGCAGCGCCGGGAGCGCCGAGCCCUGCACCAGCUGAAACGCCAGCACGAGGAGGGCGCGGGGCGCAGGCGCAAGGUGCUGCGGCUGCAGGAGGAGCAGGACGGCGGCUCCAGUGACGAGGACAGGGCUGGCCCAGCCCCCCCAGGGGCCAGUGAUGGCGUGGACAUCCAGGAUGUGAAGUUCAAGCUUCGGCAUGACCUGGCGCAGCUGCAGGCCACCGCCAGCUCAGCCCAGAACCUGAGCCACGAGCAGCUGGCUCUGCUGAAGCUGGUGCUGGGCCGGGGCCUGUACCCGCAGCUGGCCGUCCCCGACGCCUUCAACAGCAGCCGAAAGGACUCAGACCAGAUUUUCCACACGCAGGCCAAGCAGGGCGCCGUGCUGCACCCCACCUGCGUCUUCGCUGGCAGCCCCGAGGUGCUGCACGCACGGGAGCUGGAGGCCAGCAACUGCGACGGAAGCCGAGACGACAAGGACAAGAUGAGCAGCAAACACCAGCUCCUCAGCUUUGUGUCCCUGCUGGAGACCAACAAGCCGUACCUGGUGAACUGCGUCCGCAUCCCUGCCCUCCAGUCCCUCCUGCUUUUUAGCCGGUCUUUGGACACCAAUGGUGACUGCUCCCGCCUGGUGGCCGAUGGCUGGCUGGAGCUGCAGCUAGCAGACAGUGAAAGUGCCGUCCGACUCCUGGCGGCUUCCCUGCGGCUCCGUGCCCGCUGGGAAAGUGCCCUGGACCGGCAGCUGGCGCACCAGGCCCAGCGGCAGCUGGAGGAGCAGGAUGCGCCAGUCAGCCCCAAGGAGGUGGCCACCCUGAGCAAGGAACUCCUGCAAUUCACGGCAUCCAAGAUUCCUUACAGCCUCCGGCGGCUUACAGGGCUAGAAGCCCAGAACAUGUAUGUGGGACCCCAGACCAUCCCAGCCACCCCCCAUCUUCCUGGCCUCUUUGGCAGCUCCACCCUGUCCCCCCACCCCACAAAGGGGGGCUACGCAGUCACUGACUUCCUCACCUACAACUGCCUCACGCGUGAUACAGACUUGUACAGCGACUGUCUCCGAACCUUCUGGACCUGCCCCCACUGUGGCCUGCAUGCGCCCCUCACGCCCCUGGAGCGCAUCGCCCAUGAGAACACCUGCCCCCAGGCCCCACAGGAUGGGCCCCCAGGGGCUGAGGAAGCUGCCCCCGAAACCCUCCAGAAGACAUCUGUCCUGCAGAGGCCCUACCACUGCGAGGCCUGCGGGAAGGACUUCCUCUUUACACCCACAGAGGUGCUGCGCCACCGGAAGCAGCACGUGUGAGCUGGGCCAGGAGCCCUGCCCACCUCCCCGCAGCUGGCCUGCCCUCCAGCCCAGGACUAGGGGCAGGACUCUUGCCUGAACCCCCAGCCUGGGCUUAGCCCUGUGGUCCUGUCCCAGUGCAGAGGGCCUGGAGCAUGGAUUGUGAAUAAAGCCUCACAUGCUGACA